CCAAACUCUCAGCCAGGUCCCAAUCCCUACCUCACCGCCGAUGUGCGCCUCGCCGGAGAUUCCCAAGCCCCGGGCGCUUCCUGCCGCCGAAUAGAUUCCCUCGCAGGCGAGGCCACUAGGAGGGCCUCAGGAGUAAGCUACUUGUAUGAUGGAGGCUGCAAUGUAUCGCUAUUGGUCAGAUCUUCAGCCGGAACUCCUGGGCCUUGUUCUCAAGCACCUCCCCUCCCUGUCUGACCGUGUUCGUCUAAGAGCAGUCUGUCGCACCUGGCGCUCUAAUAGUAUGUUGCAGCCGCUUCCUCUGCCAUUCCCGUGGCUCACCCUCCCAGACGGUACUUUCCUCAGCAUUCCAGGCAGUGAAAUUCACCGCAUACCUGUACCAGAAGGUGCUUGUUGCCAAGGUUCCAUUGACAACUGGCUAUUCCUCAUUGACAAUGGUAAUGUGUGCUCAUUGAUGAAUCCUUUCUCCAAGACCGCACUAGAGCUUCCUAAUCUAGUGGCUGUUUGGGAGCGUGAGAUACGUUACCACUCUGACCGUAAACCGAUUUUCUAUAAGUUGGUGGUGCCCUCUCCCCUGGACUCAUCACCUCAUUCCCCUGUCGUUGCACUAAUCAUGGACGAUGGUUGUUUCCAUACACUCUGUAUUAGCCAGCCACCGAUUGCCACUGCCUCGCUCAGAGAUAAUAAGGAUCCAUGACUGUUCCUUAGUGAUGUCGUAUUCUUCAAUGGGAAGUUGUACGCAUGGGGUUGCUUCGGCCAGCUUUUCAUCGUCGAUUUGGACAACGACUGUACCAUUUCAUCCAUCAGCUGCAUAAUUGACUCUUUGGGUGAUAUAGGUGGAACACCGCAACAUUUGUCCAUAGCAGAGGAGUACAUGGUAAAACGGUAUCUCGUUGAAUGUGGGGCUAAACUGUUGCUGGUGGCAAGAUGGUUUCGAUGCACGCCACGUUCCACAAGCUACGAUGUCUUUGAACAUAAACGUACUGCCGCAUUUCAGGUCUUUGAGGCAGACUUGCAAUCGAGCCCUGGUCGAUGGAGAAAGGGCAGUGAGUUGGGUGGCCAUGCACUCUUUCUUGGCCAACAUGGCUCCAAGUGCCUGCCUGCUGUGGAAUGCAGUGGAUACAAUGAGGAUUGCAUCUACUUCAUGUGUGACUAUGUCUGGCCCACCUCUUCUGCAAAUCCUCUUUGCGACUCUGGUGUGUACAGCAUGAGGGAUGGCACAAUCACGCCGUUGAUGUCAGAGGCAGCAGCAGCACCGCUGCAGCGUGUUGGACAGUGGCGGCCCACAUGGUUCUUCCCUCCUCAAGCUGUGUGAUCAACCCACCAGGUUUUCAUCUCUUCUGUUGCGUUGGAGGUUCUCAGCACAUAUAUGCCUCCCUUGUUCUGCUGAAGCUCUGUCAUCCCACCCUGCCUGGAUGCUUCUCAUGACUUUUACCAUAGCAAUCUGCUACUGUGUUAUCUUUAUUGCCAUGAUUGUGUACACAUCAAAAGUCUUAUGGAUGAUCUUAUAUGGGAUGUGUAUUCGAAUGCGCAGUCUUCAUGAUAGCAACUUGUGAGCUUGUGUCAUGUACUUGAACAAACUUUUUCUUUUUGCCCUGAAGCUGAAACAAACUUGGGAGGCCCAUUAGCCCUGAAUCAGGAUCACUGUGAUACCAAGUUUUGCUCUGAACUAUCAUCAUCCUGCAACUGAGAUAAAUAAAUCAGGAUCGUGCACACAAGUGGUCAAAUUGUCUGCUUAAGAAGUGAAGGUUGAAUUUUGGUCUCAGAUAAUCAACUUUCUGAUCCUAUUAUUUCUUUUAUAAAUUGUAUGAGUGAAGAGAUUGUGAAGUUUGACUGCAUACAUUUUGGGAAAACAUUUAUGAUUAGACGAAAUAUAGCAGCGUGUUUUU